AUGAUAUCCGGAUUCGGUAUCUACCUAGUGAUUGAAUCUUUAAAAUCCACCAUCACACAGACGAUUGGUGUUUCGUCCUUUGUGCUUGCUGUCGGUCUGCUGGUCUUUCUGCUCGGUUUUCUUGGUUGUAUUGGCGCCUGCACAGAAAAUGUUUGCAUGCUAAAAACAUUCGCUGAAAUCAUUACCGUGUUGAUAAUCCUCGAAAUUACUGCGGGCAUUCUGCUGUUUGUGUAUCGUGAAAAGAUCGAAGAACUCACUGCCAAGAACAUUCAGUAUCGCAUUAAACAGAUAUUGACCGCUGGAAGUGUGAAUAUGGCAGGAGCACAAAGCGCUCUCGAUCAUUUGCAGAGUCUUCUAAAGUGUUGUGGAGGCGAGGGACCCCAAGAUUGGAAGAAUCAGGAACCGGACUCCUGUUGUGCAUACGUUAUCACCUCCUGUCAACAAAUGUAUGCUCAGGGUUGCGGAGAAGCUUUGUACAACGUGCUAAAGGAUAAGACACUCGCAAUGGCAAUCAUCAUAGUUUUGCUCGCCUUCCUCGAAAUCGGCGCCAUUGUUGCUGCCUGCGUUCUGGCAGAAAAAUUAAGUAGCUGCCCUUAG